UGCCCGAGCCAGCAUAUAUAACGACCGGUCGCUGAGGACGAUGCCCGAGGGACCUUUGCUUUUCCCCCACCAUGACUGCCUCGGAGGAGACCACCCCCCUGCUCGCGAGCGACGUUGAGCAGUCCCCCGAGCGCGCGGCGAAAAAGGAGACGCCGCUGCCGUUGCGGCAGCUUGCGAUCGUCUACUUGAUCCAGUUUUGCGAGCCGUUGACGGGGUUGGUCAUCUACCCUUUCAUUGCUGAGCUCGUGCAGGAGACGGGGAUCACGGGAGGGAAUGACAAGGCUACGGCGUUUUAUGCAGGCAUUGUGGAAUCCCUCUUCUUCUUCUCCGAGUUCUUGACGUGUAUGCAAUGGGGGCGACUGUCGGACUACCACGGUCGCCGACCCAUACUGCUCAUCGCACCGCUCGGAUUGGCGAUCGCAACCUACGGCUUCGGGUUCUCGAGGACGUUCUGGCUGCUGUGUAUCUUCCGUUUCAUGCAGGGCGUGUUCAACGGGAAUGUUGGCGUGUCGAAGAGCGUGCUGGCCGAGAUCACAGACGCAAGUAAUCGUGCUCGUGCAUUCUCCAUGAUGCCACUGAACUGGUCUGUUGCGACCACAUUGGCACCUCUCAUAGGCGGUAUCCUUUCCAACCCUGCAAGGCACUUCCCCAACGUCUUCGGCAACGUGCCCCUCUUCGAGCAGUACCCAUACCUGCUGCCAUGCGCUGUUUCCGCGACGGGGUCACUGGGUGUCUUCCUGUUCGCCUACUUCUACUUGGAGGAGACGCUUCCUUCGGCCAUUAAGAAGCGCAACAAGAAGCGCCUUUCUUCCUCGGGGUCAAGCUCAUCCACUCUGCAAGAAGACUUCCACGCCGAACGCGACUACGGCACCUGCGCGGACGAGCUCCAGCCCUCACCUGACGAGCCCGCUCCCCCUCCUGCCGUCAAGGCCCUCCUCCGCGACCGCUACAUCGUCAAGGUCCUCUCUGCCUAUGUCAUCUUCGGGUUCUGCGACAUGUCGCUCUCGUCCCUCGUACCCAUCAUCCUCUACUCGGAGAUCCAGAACGGCGGCUUGGGCUUCGACCCGUUGACGAUUGGCACGAUCAUGGCCGUUUGGGGCGUCUACAAUAUCAUCUUCCAGCUCGUCGCGGCGCCGUACCUCAUCAAGCGCUUUGGCCCGCGCCCGAUGCAGAUGACGGCCAUCGUCGCGGUCGCGCUGAUGGCGGUGCUUGUCCCGACGGAGAACUAUAUUGCGCGCCAAUUCGGGGAGGUCAAUGGGAUUGUGAUGGCGCUUCUGACAUUGCAGUACCUGUGCUUGUCUUUCACGUACAUCGGAUAUGGUACUAUCCACAUGUUUAUCAUCGAUAGCGCACCGACGCAAAACUCCAUGGGUUCAGUCAACGGCCUCGCCCAAGCCUCCGCGACCCUUGUCCGCACCUUCGCGCCAUGGAUCUCUACCUCGUUGUUGUCCCUCUCGUUGCAAAAGAACCUCCUCGGAGGGCGCUUGAUAUACGCCUUCGUUAUCUGUGUGGCGUGUGGAGGCUUGACUGCGACGUCCUUGCUACCGAAGAAAUUGAGGAACGCCCAUUAGAAUAUGUAUAGACGCUGAUAGCAGUAGCUACAGUACAGCACACACAAUUGUUGUAGUCUCGAACAUCGACGAUAGAACGAUACAUAUAUUCACUGUAUUCUACCACAAUGGAGUGCACUUUUGCAGGA